GCCGAGGCAGCGCGGGCUCAGCCUGCGGGCCCGGCACAGGUUCAAACCAUGAAUUACGUUGGACAGUUAGCAGGGCAAGUAUUUGUAACAGUGAAGGAACUCUAUAAGGGGCUAAACCCUGCCACAUUGUCCGGUUGUAUAGAUAUCAUCGUUGUACGUCAGCCAGAUGGAAAUCUUCAAUGUUCUCCUUUCCACGUACGAUUUGGGAAAAUGGGAGUUCUGCGUUCCAGGGAGAAAGUGGUUGACAUAGAAAUUAAUGGAGAAGCUGUAGAUUUGCACAUGAAGCUAGGAGACAAUGGAGAGGCCUUUUUUGUACAGGAGAUGGAUAACGAUCAGGAGGUAAUUCCUUAUCAUCUCUCUACAUCCCCCAUUCUUUCUGAGGGAACUUCUCUAAUGGAAACUCAGCUGAAGAGGAAUUCUGUAGACAGGAUAAGAAACCUGGACUCCAGUGUAUCCUCACAAGUACCACCCCAAGUCCAUGGAUCCCAGCCCACUAUUGAAACCUCUGUGGCCUGUAGUUCUGUGAAAAAAAGGAGGAAAAAGAGGAGGAAGUCUGCUCAUAAAAUGGACAGUUUAAAACGGGAAGACAAUGGAGAUACAUCAGAAGAUGAGGAUAUGUUUCCUAUGGAGAUUAGUUCAGAAGAAGAAAAAGAACCGUUGGACAAUUCAAGGAUCCCUGUUCCAGAAGUGUGUAUCGAUGAAGUAUCUGAGGUAAAGACUCCUGCAAUUGCUACAUUUUCUCAGUCUGCAUCAUACCCUCAUUCAGAUGGAGAAUGGUCACCUCUUCAAAGCCCAUCAGGUUCACGCCCUCCUACUCCUAAAAGUGAUUCAGAAUUAGUCAGUAAACCUACGGACAGAGGAGGACUGAAGAAUAAUCCACAGAUGCACUGGGCUUGGGGAGAGCUUCCCCAGGCAGCAAAGGCCACUUCCCUGCUCAAAACAAAGGAAGUCAGCGUGGUAGAUGUAGAUCCAUCUGAARACACUCAUUUUCGGGUCAUCCAGAGUACUCCUGUAGAGGAGUUUAGCACUGUGUCUCCUCAUCCUACCCUUGAACAAGCAGAUGCAGCAACUGCUGAUGAAACUGAGCCCUUGCCAGUUGAGACAAAUAAGUCAGAGAUAGAGUCUCCAGUAGCAUCUGUAGCACCAUUGCCUGCCAAUGAAGAAAUAAGACAAGCUGCUGCUUGUACAGCCCAACCAGUUGGCAAGACAGAUUCUCCUUCCAGAAGGAAAGACAAACGAAGCCGGCAUCUGGGUGCUGACGGUGUCUAUUUAGAUGACCUCACUGACAUGGAUCCAGAAGUUGCUGCACUUUAUUUCCCCAAAAAUGGGGAUAAUGUCCAAAGCAAGAAUGGAAAUGACAAUGGGCCGCGGUCAGCCAGUCAAUCCCCUCAGUCCUUUGGGAGCUCAGGUGUUGACAGUGGUGUGGAAAGUGUCUCGGAUGGAAUUAGAGAUCUGCCUUCCAUUGCUGUUUCUCUCUGUGGAGGUCUUACUGAAAACAAAGAAAUAACCAAAGAAGAGUUCUUAGAACAUGCAGUAACAUAUCAGCAGUUUGUGGACAAUCCUGCUAUCAUCGAUGACCCUAACCUUGUGAUCAAAAUUGGAAAUAAAUACUACAACUGGACAACAGCUGGUCCCCUUCUGUUGGCGAUGCAGGCAUUCCAGAAACCUUUGCCAAAGGCCACUGUGGAAUCUAUAAUGAGAGAUAAGAUGCCAAAAAAAGGUGGAAGAUGGUGGUUUUCAUGGCGAGGAAGAAACAGCACUAUAAAAGAGGAAGCAAAGCCAGAACAAGGUAUGAGUGGGAGUGGACUAACAGGACAAGACUCUUCGCAGAUGAUGGCCAACAGAAUAAAGGAUGAAUCUUCGUCAAGUGAUGAAGACCCUAGAGCUGCCAAACAAAACCUUGGGUCCUUACAAACCAGCUCCAGUCAUCUGUCAUUAUUGUCUGGAAUUAGUUACAAGAAAACCCUUCGACUCACUUCUGACCAGCUUAAAAACUUAAAGCUCAAGAAUGGCCCYAAUGACGUGACCUUUAGCGUUACAACACAGUAUCAAGGCACUUGUCGCUGCGAGGGCACCAUUUACCUGUGGAAUUGGGAUGAUAAAGUCAUUAUUUCUGAUAUUGAUGGAACAAUCACACGGUCAGAUACUUUAGGCCAUAUUCUGCCUACUCUUGGCAAAGAUUGGACACAUCAAGGGAUUGCAAAGUUGUACCAUAAAGUGAGCCAGAAUGGCUAUAAAUUUUUGUACUGUUCGGCUCGUGCUAUUGGAAUGGCAGACAUGACCAGGGGGUACUUGCACUGGGUCAAUGAGCGAGGCACUGUGCUGCCUCAAGGGCCAGUGUUACUGAGUCCUAGCAGCUUGUUCUCAGCUUUUCACAGAGAAGUGAUAGAAAAGAAGCCAGAAAAAUUUAAAGUUCAGUGUUUGACAGACAUCAAAAAUUUGUUUUAUCCUAACACUGAACCCUUUUACGCUGCCUUUGGAAACAGACCUGCUGAUGUUUAUUCAUACAAACAGGUGGGAGUGUCUUUAAACAGAAUAUUUACAGUUAACCCCAAAGGAGAACUUAUACAGGAGCAUGCAAAAACAAACAUCUCAUCUUAUGUCAGACUGUGUGAAGUGGUUGAUCACAUUUUCCCUUUGCUGAAAAGAAGCCAUUCUUCAGACUUCCCUUGUUCUGAUACCUUCAGUCAGUUCACCUACUGGAGAGAGCCUCUACCACCUUUUGAAACUCAGGACGUACUUCCAGCCUCAUCUUAAUUGCAUCUCCCAAUUCUUUGCUUCAGUUCAAAGGGUGAAUUGAGUUGUUCCRAAGGGACAGCACUUGGCUUUGCAGUCGACAGUUCAUCUGGAAUCUGUAAUGUGUGAGCAUUGUAUUCAUUGCUGUGAGCAAACUUGGAAAAGCUUUUUCAUACUAAAAGUCACAUUUCCAGGUGACAAAGGUGAGUCUUCCUAGGAAUGGAAGUUUUCGUUUCUAGCUGUUCAUGUAACUGCCCAAAUUGUGCCAUGCGGUUUCAUUACCUAAAAACAAAUACAAGUGUAAUGAUGUACGAGCUGCAGUUAAAAUGGUUCGGUGUCUUUUCUGCAUCAACAAAAUCUUUCAUCUCAUUUGAACCCUGCUCCUAGCAAGGGAGGUGAAGGCACUCACCUGUCGUUACCGACRUAAUUUGGCCAAAUGGGCAAGGACUGCAGUAAAUGGAAAGUCAAAGUUAAUUUAUCUGAAAGAUCAUAUGAUUCUUUCUCUUUGCCCUCCUCACUUGGCAAAUAAAUAUUUUUGUAAGGAUUAGUUAUUGGUCAGAUCCUCAACUAUUGCACAUCAGUGUAGCCAUCAAAGCCAGUGGAGCUGUUUUGAUUAAUUCCAGUCUGUUGUUUUGACCUGGUAGUGUCUGAUGUGCAAUCUAAAUGGAAAGGAAAAGCAGUAAUAGAGCUGGGUUCUGCCACUCUCACURUAUUUGAGUAGUCUCCUGCUUCAAGAGRAGCCAAGUGUGAAGGUGGAACAGGUAGACCAGUGUGCAGAGUGCCCACUGGAGUCAGUAGUUCAGCUUUCCAGUAAAGUUGCACACUGAAUAUACCGAAUUUCACAACCAUUGCUGAGCCGAGAACACUGAAGGUUUUGCAAAUGGAGCAGUUUUAUUUGAAGCAUUAUAUUUUGCUAAAUUGUGAACUUCAGUGCAGGUGAAUGAUGCAUCUCAGGUUUUUACUAUAUGAGAUUUUUCUGUUUUGUAUUAUAAAGAGUGGAUGUUUUUAGUGUAAUUUACUGUCUUCUGAGAUAAUGAAAUCUCUUUUCUCCCCUUCAGUCCCAUCCCCACAAGUUUGUUUUCCAGCUCUUCAGGUACAAGCUGUAGAUACCGUUUUUGCUACCUGCUUUUGACUGCC